UCACUACCACCCUCUUACACCUCCUUCAAGAUGCCCUUCGUCAAGCAGACCAAGAACUCUGCCUACGCCUCGCGCUUCCAGGUCAAGUACCGCCGUCGCAGGUCCGGCCACACCGACUACCAGCAGCGUCGUGCCCUCGUCUCCCAGGCAAAGAACAAGUACGGCUCCCCCAAGUACCGUCUCGUCGUCCGCUUCUCCAACAAGUACGUCACCUGCCAGAUCGUCUCGUCCAAGAUCGUCGGCGACUUUGUCCUCACCCAGGCAUCGUCCAAGGAGCUGCCCCGCUACGGUAUCAAGCACGGUCUCUCCAACUGGUCCGCUGCUUACGCCACUGGUCUCCUGGUGGCCCGCCGCGCCCUCACCCUCCUCGGCCUCGCCGACAAGUACGAGGGUGUCACCGAGCCCGACGGAACCAUGACCGAGACUGAGCCUCUGGAGGGCGAGGACGAGCCCCGUCCCUUCAAGUGCUUCCUCGACGUCGGUCUGAAGCGCACCUCGACGGGAUCCCGCGUCUUCGGCGCCCUCAAGGGUGCUUCGGACGGAGGUAUCUACAUCCCUCACUCGGAGAAGCGUUUCCCCGGUUACGACCCUGAGAGCAAGGAGCUCGACGAGGAGACGCUCCGAUCCUACAUCUUUGGUGGGCACGUGAGCGAGUUCAUGGAGUCCCUCGAAGAGGAGGACGACGAGCGUUUCAAGAAGCACUUUGCCUCUUACCUCGCCGACGACCUUGGAUCGGACGACAUUGAGGAGAUGUACGAGAACGCCUUCAGCGCCAUCAGGGAGGACCCGUCUUUCAAGCCUUCGGAGAAGACCAAGGACUGGAAGAGCGAGAGCAAGAAGCACAAGGCUACCAAGCUUACCUACCAGCAGAGGAAGGAGAAGAUCGCAGACAAGAUCAAGGCGUACGAGGCAGGGCGCGCUUAG